GCGCAGUGCGGAGCCCCUCGCCGCCACGGCCGCAGUCACUUCCUGCCCCUGUGCCCAUCCGGCUCCGGGGUCAGCGGCCGCCGCUGUGGCGGGACAGGGGAGAAUAAAGUUUUAUUCGGGGAGGGGGAAGUUGUCCGUCCACUCCCAGAACCCAGCAGCUGGAUGUAGAAGGAAAGUAAGUUGUGCACGCGGAAAAUGCCUCUAAGGGACAAGUGUUGUCAGACUGACCACCAUCACCAUGGGUGCUGUGAGCAAGUGCAUCUGUUGGAACCUGGUGAUCCUCCAUUAUUACAGCAGCCUCUGCAAACAUCAAAAUCUGGUAUUCAGCAAAUCAUUGAGUGUUUUCGAUCAGGAACUAAACAACUUAAACAUAUCUUGUUAAAAGAUGUGGACACCAUUUUUGAGUGUAAAUUAUGCCGAAGUCUCUUCAGAGGAUUACCAAAUUUAAUUACUCAUAAAAAGUUCUAUUGUCCUCCAAGUCUCCAGAUGGAUGAUAAUCUCCCGGAUAUACAUGAUAAACAGAGUCAAGCCAUAAAUGACCUCCUGGAAGCAAUCUACCCAAGGGUAGAUAAGCAAGAAUAUGUAAUUAAAUUGGAACCUAUAGAGACUAAUCAAAAUGCUGUAUUUCAAUACGUAUCAAGGACUGAUAGCCCAGCUGAGAACCUAGAAAGCAGUAAUAACCCUGAUCAAGCCCCAGUACAGACACAGGAACCCAGCACUGAGCAAACCAAGACUGUUGCAGCUCCAGCCUUGGUCCUAGCUGGGGAGACUGUAGAAUUGCCUCCUGCUGAUCCUGUUAUGAACAAGGUGAUACCUACUCCUGAAGAACAGCCUCCAGCUGUAAAUCCUGAGUUGGACACUCUGGAUAAUUCUGAUUUUGGGCACCAGCUGAUAUGUUGCCUUUGUAGGAAAGAAUUUCAUUCCAGACGCAGUGUACGCCGGCACAUUCGAAAAGUGCACAAAAAAAAGAUGGAAGAGCUCAAGAAAUACAUAGAAACAAAAAAGAAACCAAACCAGUGCAUUGCAAAAGGACGGAAUAAGAAUGUUCUUGUAACAUUAGGUAGAAGUUGUCCUGUAUGUUAUAAAUCAUUUGCUACAAAAGCCAACGUAAGGAGGCAUUUUGAUGAAGUUCAUAGAGGAUUAAGAAGGGAUUCCAUUACUCCUGAUAUAGCUACAAAGCCUGGGCAACCUUUGUUCUUGGAUACAGCUUCUGCUAAAAAAUCUUUUAAGACCCGAAAACAAAAGUCGUCUUCAAAGGCUGAAUACAAUUUAACUGCAUGCAAAUGCCUUCUGUGUAAGAGAAAAUAUAGUUCACAAAUAAUGCUGAAAAGGCACAUGCAAAUUGUUCACAAGAUAACUCUUUCUGGAAAGAACUCUAAAAGAGAGAAAGGACCCAAUAAUACUGCCAAUGGCACUGAAAUAAAAGUAAAAGUUGAACCAGCAGAUUCUGUAGAACCUUCACCCCCUUCCAUUGCCCUUUCUCCACAGAAUGAAUUAAAAGGAACAAAUCAUUCAAAUGAGAAAAAAAGCACACCGUCAGCACAGAAAAAUAAAGUUAAACAGGACCCUGAAAACCCUAAAUCAACUUCUAAAUCAACCGCUAAAUCAACCUGUAAAUCAACAGCUAAAUCAACCUCUAAAUCAACCAAUGCAUCUGCUGCAGGUGGCCAGCAAAAAACCAGGAAGCCAAAACUUUCAGCUGGCUUUGACUUCAAGCAGCUUUACUGUAAACUCUGUAAACGCCAAUUUACUUCUAAACAGAACUUGACAAAACACAUUGAGUUACACACAGAUGGAAAUAACAUUUAUGUUAAAUACUACAGGUGUCCACUCUGCUCUUACGAAACACGCCGCAAGCGUGAUGUGAUAAGGCACAUAACUGUAGUUCAUAAAAAAUCACCACGUUACCUUGGGAAAAUAACUGCAAGUUUAGAAAUCAGAGCAAUAAAAAAGCCAAUCGAUCUUGUUCUAAACAAGGUGACAAAAAGAGGCCCUCAGAGGGAUGAAACGAAACAGAUUGCUUCAAAACAGGAUGUCACCUCUAAUUCUCCCAAUAAAAAGUAUGAAGGAGCUGAUGUUGGCAUUGAAGUAAAAGUAACAAAAAACUUCUCUCUGCACCGAUGCAAUAAAUGUGGGAAAGCUUUUGCCAGAAAAGCUUUUCUGGAACAUCAUAAGAAAACCCACAAAGCAAAUGUAUCUCAUUCACCUGAAGAAAAUAAAACCAAAGGCAGAAGUACAAGAUCUAAAGCUGUUGUCUGGUGAGGAAAAAGAAAAAGUGUUAUGUUGUCUUUUUUUAUUUUUUUUUUUUUAAGAAAACAAAACAAAACCAUCACCUUUCAUUUGCUGUUGUUGAUUUAUUGCCGAAAACAUAUUUUUCCAUAGGUUCUGUGGUUUAGCAGCUUAAAUACUAAGGUAGAUGUCAAAUUUGUUUAUUAAACUUUGUUUUUAGUGUUUUGGAAAAGUUAAUUUCCAAAUUUGUCAUUGUAGCAAGUUGGAAUAGGAUGCAGAUUAAGCUGUACUGAGUCAACUCUUUAAACUUUUUAGGCAUUUAUUGUGAUCAAACUAAUAUCCAUACAUUUCUAAAAUAGUAAUUUUUAAAAAUUAACCAUACUUUGAUUUGAAUAACAUAACCUGUUAAUUAACUUUUCUGUGACCCUGUUGAAGAAAUACUAAAGGUGCUACAGUAAAAGCUGUUGACAGAAAAAAUCUAUGAACUCAUUUGAAUUAUUGUGUGCAUUUUUUUUCUUUUUUAAAUGUUUAUUGCCUAUGCCCUGUCAAUGAAAAGACAUAAAACAGUUUUUUGGAAUGUAAUUUGAUUUUAAAAUCAGUAUAAGUUAGGUGCCUACAAACACCUUUAAAAUAAUCAAAUUUAGGAUUUGCUUUUUAAUGCUUAUGGUAAGCAUGGGUUUGGAGGCUUCUGCUAAUUUAUUUUUUCAAGUGUUUGAGUUUCUUCAGGAAUUUUUGUUUUAAGCCUGUAAGGCCAAGAAUUUUCUAAACUUCUGCUUAUAUGGUACUCUGGGAAAUUUUUCACACUUGGAGUGGUUGUAUUCCUAAUUUCUCAGUUUUCUGUAGUCUUCAUGUUAAGAUGGUCUGUUUUUAAGGAACCUUUUAAAAAGGAAGUUAUGUAUGUGGUCAGUUUGCAUUUCAGAAUGACUGCCUGAUGACUUGGGGGAUUGUACAAAAAAAUCUUAAUAAAGAGAGACAGUAGUGAUACCUAAGAGUUUUUAACAACCUUAUUCAUAAUUACCUUUCUAGCAUAUUUGGUGAAAAGAAAACCUAUUAAUGUGCCUUGUUCUGUAUUCCAUCUCUAAAAUGUUUUUCCCCAGGAUGUAAUUUGAUUUGAGUUCAGCUUUCAUAGUGAAGUGCCACCCAGCUAUUUUAUAUUGUAAUCUUAUGCUUUCAUGAAUUCCUAAGAAAUCUUGGCUGAGUGGGAGAGAACAUAAAAAAAAGCUGAGCUGGACCCUAAGUUAUGCUGAAUCUAAGAGGAGAAGUGACUUCUGCAUUUUGAUCAAGAAUUAAAAAUUUAUCCUUAUAAACUAUUUAUGUUUUGUAAUUUAAAACAGUUACAUGGGUUAACUCAAAGUACUUAUUCCCAUUUCUCCUCCGAUAGGUUCAAGUGAUGUUCAGAAAGUCUGGAGUUUGUUUGAAUGAAAAAGACUUCAGUUUGUUGUUAAAACCACUAAUAUCUUGGUAAUGGUACUAUAAGGAGGAAAUAUAUUCAUAAGCUGGAUUUUUAUCAAACAAAUAACCAUUCUGACUGCUUGUAGGAUAGUGCCUCCUCCCAAAGUAAUGAAGUAGCUGAAAUGCACAUGCGCUUCUAAAUUAGCUGCUAUCUCUAUGCAUUUGAGGUUUGACACAGUAUAGAACAAACCUUCUGAAAUGAAAAAAAAAUAGAGAGGCAAGCUUAUGAGCAGCAACUUUGGAAGAUUUUUGUUCCUUGUUUAGGAAAUCACUUUCAGAGAGCUCAUCGUGCAUGCUGGUCCUCCCAGUGGUAGUAACUGAUGAACAGCUCUAACUUUUUUCUGAUACCCUAUUUUGGCAAAUGUUAUCGUACAUACUGUUUAAAAAUUUAUUACAAGUGAAUGUAUAAGAGCAAAAAAUGUAGUAUAUAUUGGCUGAAUUGUACUAAUUUUUAGUAUUUGCCAUAACAUCAGCUUGUUCGUAUUGACUAAUUUCCCAGUUCUGGGACAUUCUGAAUUUCACUGUGCUUAGGUUGCUUCAAAGAUCUCUAUCUUUAUUCCAUAUGUGGUUCACAGGAAAACUUUGUAAACAUGUUGGAAGUUUAAGAGAAUGUCCACAUUCCUCUAUUCUUCCAUUAGAAAAAAUAUAUUCACAAGCACUUUAAUGAUAGUUGCAGGUGUUUUUGUUGUUGUUGUUGUUUUUGAAAGAUCAACACACUAAUGUUAAUAUGAAGGUAGUGAAUAUUUGCUGAUGUAUUAUAGACAGACAAUCUGCACAACCACUUAUAAUGUUAGCUUAUUUCAUUAAAUAUGAAUUAAAAAGGGAGGAUAGUAUGGGAGAAACUAAAAAUAUUUUUUCUCUCAAGAUCAUGAAUGACCACUCUAGGUAGCACUUGACUUUGUAUAAUUUGGAAUAUGUUUUAGAUAAUUUUUUUUUUAACCUUUGAAUCAAGAUUUUGGUAAAACAGUAGCAUGCCUACCAUUAUGUAAUUCUUGGCAGGUUUCAUGCAUCAGUGGUUUGGGGUUUUUGUUUUGGUUGUUUUGUUUUGUUUUUUUUUUUUGUUUAACUUUUUAGAAAAUGUUUAGUGAUUUGUGUCAAAUUGCUACAAUUGGAAAGGUAUUGUACAUCGGAAGAAAUACCAUGUUUUUAUAUAUGUUCACUCCCUUACUUAGGGAGGUGCCUCGUGUUCAUAUAUACUUUUUGUAUAAAAUAUAUCUAAAAAUGUUGAUCACAGGAUCAGGAGUAAAGAUACUUUUAUGGAUAGAGAAAUAUUUGGCCCUGUUAGUGCAUUGCACUAAAAAUACUGUGAAUGGGAACUGGACUGCAGCUGUUGCUCAAAAUGUUUGAUAUUGAAUGUACAUGCUUUUGUUUGGAUAUAUGUACUGUAUUUGAUGGAAAAUAAAGCAGACUGGAAAUCA